CUCUCCACACCGUCGUGCAGGUCUUCCACGAGUUAUUCGUUGUUUUUACACAGUCUUUAGUGCACCGUGAAUCUCCGCCAUGAAACAGCUCGUGCCGUCCGCCGCCGUCGCCGGUCUGCUGGCCGUCCAAACCUUACUCAUGCUCGGUACCCUGGACUUCAACGGUUCCGCGGUCCAAGCCCAGGAAAGCCCGUUCGAGUUGCCCGUCCAACUCAUCGGCUUCCCCGUGAUCAUCGUCGCCGUUAAGAUGUCCAAUUUCGUCAAGAAACUCGCGUACGCCCUCAGCCCGAGCACUUACAGAAGAAAGGCCAAGCGGGAUUUGGAAGGUGCGACGUCCACCUCUGCGCCCUUGUCGUCCUUGGACGUGCUCAAGGCCCAGGAGAUGAUACUGAAAGAAAUGGGUCCGGACGCGUGCGUCUACGAGAAAGUAUGCUCUGCGUAUGCCGAGGCAGCUGCACUUGCCAAAAAAGAUCGCCUCAGCGGUAAGGUUGGCGUGGACAAGAUGGACUGGGAAAAAAUUAUCAGUGGUUACAUGGAAACCGGACCGGCCAAAAAGAAAUACUACAUGCUGAGCGUAUUCUUGGGUGACGUGCUAGGUUCACCCGAGUUCUGUUCAAGGAUCGCACGAAAAAUCAAACGAUGCGAUGUAAAACAGGUCUAUUACCACUGACACUGCACAUAAACAUGCGUACAAUAAAGUACGAUUAAGUAUCUUUCUAAAACCAUAUUUAUUGAACAUAUUAUUAUAUGUAAUUACAAAUAGUAAUAAUAAUAAUUUAUGUAAUAUUAUAAAACUACGCGGGCAUGUAUGCUGUCGUAUUAUUAUUAUUGUUGUUAUUAUUAUUAUCAUCGUGUAAUUACGUCGACUCUUUUAUUUUAAAUGUUAUUUUUUUUACGACCAAAUCUGAACCUUUAUAUUAUAUAUUAUACUUAAAUUAUCGUAUUAGUACUAUUGUCCUAAUGUGUAAAUAAUCAAAAUGUUUUGUAGUUUUAUGUAGAUACAAUAUUAAUUAAAUAUAUAUUAUAAUUAAAUA